AUGACGCCGUACCCAGCCAUCAACGGCGUCACCUUGGCCCUGCUGGCCACGCGCCGUAGCCCUCUGCCGACCACGACCCCGCUGGUCACGCACGCCGCGCCGCGUCCUGCUGACGCCGCCGCCGCCGUCUCGGUGGCCGGCUCGACGCCGCCGCGCCCUGCUGGCGCGCAGCCCGCCUCGAUGGCCCCCACCCGCGCGUCGCUGCCGACGCCGCGCUGUGUGGCCGUGGCCGCUGUAGUCGCGGUCGUCGCCGUCGCGUGGCGUGGCCGCCGCAGUCGCGCCGGUCGUCGCCCCGGCCGAGCCCGUGCACGGCCGGCUGCCGUCGCCGGGGCUCGAGCUGGCCGCGCCGUGCCCUGCCUCUGGCCGCACCGCGCCGAGCCUCUGGCCGCGCCGCCGCCGUGGGCGCGCCACUCCACUGGCCUGCUUGGCCGCCGCCCCGCUGGCCUGCUUGGCCACCAGCCCCCGCCGCGCGAGCUGGCCGCGCCGUGCCCUGCCUCUGGCCGCACCGCGCCGAGCCCCUGGCCGCGCCGCUCCACUGGCCUGCUUGGCCGCCGCCCCGCUGGCCUGCUUGGCCACCAGCCCCCGCCGCGCGAGCUGGCCGGCCCCAGGCCGUCGCCCCGCUGGCCUGCUUGGCCACCAGCCCCCGCCGCGCGAGCUGGCCGGCCCCAGGCCGCCGCCGCACCCUGGGCGCUAGGGAAACCCUAG